AAAUAAUAUUAAUAAAUAUUAAUAAUAAUUGUGUAUAGUAUAUACUCGCAAAAUUAAAAAGGAUUAAAUGGGAGUGCUAAAAUUUACGCUUCAAGUAUGCACAUUUGCUGGAUGCUGGCAACCGAAUUCAUGGACAUCGUUAUUUAAACAUUUAAUAUAUAAAACAUAUGCAAUGUUUCUUCUUUCUGCAUUAUUUAUAUUUUCGAUAUCUCAAUUUAUGAACAUCAUAAUAAAUGUCGAAAAUUCUGAUGAAUUCACCGAUUCUUUAUAUAUGAUGUUGACCGUAUCCGUCGCAGGCUAUAAACAAUUUUAUGUGUGGAUAAAGCGUAAAAAUGUUAUGAUGAUAAUCAAUAUUCUUAACAAAAAACCUUUUGCAGUACGUGAAUCACACGAACUAAUGAUUCGACAAAAAUUUGACAGAAUAGCACAGAAUAACACGUUGCGAUAUUUAAGUCUUAUUACGGUGACAGUCAUAAUAGUAGUUGUGACGUCUGUUUUUACAGUAUUCACGAAUAGAAAUUUGACAUAUAAGGCAUGGGUGCCGUUUAACUAUUCGUAUCCUGCUUUAUACGUUCUUGUUUAUACUCAUCAAUUGAUAGGCAUGGGAACCUCCGGUUUUGUAAACGUUGCUUGCGACAGCAUAAUUUGCGGUCUUUUAUUACACAUUUGCUGCCAGCUUGAAAUUUUGGAGUAUCGAUUGACAAAAGUAGUACAUGGUGAAGAUAUUUUGCGUGACUGUAUUUGUCAUCACAACCGUAUCUUUGAAUAUGCGUACAUGGUGAAUAAUAUGUUCACGAAAAUAAUUGGUAUACAAUUCUCUGCAAGCAUGUUGGUGAUAUGCUCGAAUUUAUAUCGAAUAGCAAUGGCGAAGGAUUCUGUGAUUUUUAUUUCAUUGGUGAUGUAUACAGGAUGUAUAUUAGCGCAAAUUUUUAUCUAUUGUUGGUUCGGAAACGAAGUCAGAGUAAAAAGUCUUCAAUUUAUGAAUAAUAUUUAUUAUGAUAUAGAGUGGUCGGUACUUAGCAAUAGCAACAAAAAAGGUCUCUUAAUAAUUAUGAAGCGCGCAAUGAUUCCUAUCGAAUUCAGUAGCGCGUACAUAAUUACGAUGAAUCUCGACUCAUUCGUAGCUGUUAGUAUCAAACAAUUAAGAUCGAUAUUAUUAUUAAAUAUAAUAAUUAAUAAAAAUCAAUCUUAAUCUGCAAUUUUUUACAGUUACUUAAGAUGUCAUACUCGGCUUUCAACUUGUUGCAUCAAACGCAAGAAUAAUAAUGUGAUUAAUAAAACACAAGUCAUUAUUUAUAUUUAAUAUGUUAUAAAAUAUAACGUAUAAUCUAUAUUAGAACAUAAGAUCCGGGUUUCAUUAGUAUCAACUAGAUAAUUUUCACAUAACUUGUAUAAUAUUUAUAAAAAUUUUCAUUGACAUUAAUUUCAGCAUUUACAAAGCACCAUGUUAAUACUUAAAACUUUCUUUUACUAAUACUAAAAAUAAAAUUCUUACGAGCA